AUGUUGUGUCAAGGGCUCGCAAAGUUCGACGAGCGACGCCCCGUUUAUGAGCCGGGCCUGGUCGACGCCGGUAUUUUUAGUGCAUGGCACGUCCGCGACAGGCAUCCAUCGAGAGCGGUGGGACUGCGCGAUACCUGCAUAUCGUCUGAUCCCCCGCAUUCAGCGGCAUCAAGAUAUAAAGGCCAGAUAAAUGAAGCCGAGAUCGAUGCCACCUCCAGCGACUCUAGCGAGCCCAAGCACAGGUCCUCGCACGUGCACAGCCUCGUCCGGCCUAUCACAGCCCCGCCAUUAGCCACUGUCCGCCAUCUACUGCCCUUUCGAGAGCCCGAGUUUUGCCGACCUCGACGUCAGAAUCUCGGUCUCAGAAACAUCGGACCACCAGUGACCAACUUUGUCCGGAUCCAUCUCCGGACGACCGGCCCUUGCGCUCGAGCUCUGCAUUGCGUCUUUGAUAAUCGCGCUGACGCCUCUCCUGAACAUCACGCAUACCAUUCGAUUUUGUCUGAUAUCGUCGCGAGACCGUCCCGGCGCUGUGUUACACUCGCCAUCUCUCUUCCAUCUCAUCUCUCCCUUCUGAGCGACGCCUCUCAUCGGCUUCUCCCUCUCGAAAUCCAGGACGGCACAGACACGACUCUUUGCGCCGUCUCUGCAUCACCGCCAGGCCUCACCGCAUCGCAGCCUGACCGCGACGGCCGUUUGCCUUCCAAUAUUCGAUAG